UCUUCUUGUUUUUUUAUAAAUAAGAUCGUUCAACUAUCAUGGAGUCGUCCUGCAAGAAAAACAAACCGCCGUCUUCCGGAUCACUCGUAACCAUCCUCAGCCUCGACGGCGGUGGAGUCAGAGGAAUUAUGGGCGGAGUGAUCCUUGCGUAUCUAGAAGAGCAGCUUCAGGCCCUCGAUGGAGAAGACAUGAGGCUAGCAGAUUACUUCGACGUGGUAGCCGGAACUAGCACAGGUGGCCUCAUGACGGCCAUGUUAACUGUACCAGACGAGACCGGACGUCCUCAUUUCUCGGCCAAAGACAUUGUUCCGUUUUAUCUUCAACAUUCUCCCAAAAUAUUUCCACAGCCCGGAGGAUUGACUACUCUGUUACCUAAGCUUCCAAAGCUUUUGUCUGGUCCAAAGUACGAUGGAGUGUAUCUACGGAAUCUGCUAAAUAAUCUUCUCGGAGAGACGAGACUUCACCAGACAGUCACAAACGUUGUCAUACCCACCUUCGACAUGAAGAAACUACAACCCACCAUCUUCUCCUCUUACCAGGCAUUGGUUGACCCUAGCUUGGAUGUCAAGAUAUCAGACAUAUGCAUUGGAACAUCGGCUGCUCCUACUUACUUUCCUCCUCAUUACUUUCAAAAUGAAGAUAUUCAAGGCAAGACGUCUGAGUUUCACCUAGUUGAUGGCGGUGUUACUGCUAAUAACCCGACUCUGCUGGCCAUGACAGCUGUCACUAAGCAGAUUGUGAAUGAUAAUCCUGACAUGGGUGAGCUCAAGCCGUUAGGUUACAACAAGUUUCUCGUUGUGUCGAUAGGAACAGGGUCUGCACAAAAGGAGAAGAAGUAUAGCGCAAGAAAGGCUGCAAAAUGGGGAAUCAUAUCUUGGUUAUAUGACAACGGAUCUACUCCUAUAUUAGACAUUACCAUGGAAUCAAGCCGCGACAUAAUUGAUUUCCACAGUUCUGUUGUGUUCAAAGCCCGACAAUCCGAAGACAAGUAUCUCAGAAUCGAUGUGAGAGCGACACAUGAACAUAAAUUUAAAUUUGUUACUAAUCAUUUAAUAUACGCAAUUUUUUAUGCAUCAAAUUGUUUGCAGGAUGAUACAUUGAAAGGAGAUGCAAGCUCUAUGGACUUAGCAACAAAAUCCAAUUUAGAGAAUCUUGUGAUAAUUGGAGAGAAGAUGCUGAAAAACAGAGUUGUGCAGAUGAACAUCGACACUGGUGUAUAUGAACCUGUUCCUGGAAACGUUACCAAUGAUCAAGAACUCAAGAGGUUUGCGAAAAUUCUCUCGGAUGAAAGGAAAUUAAGGAUGCAAAGCGAGGCAAUGCAUAAAGUUUCAUCAAGUUGAAUGCAGCUUGAUGAUCGCUCGUGCUUUUGUUGUGUUUAGUUACAUUAAAUAAAAAUACUAGCUACUAGUAGUACGAAUAAUUUGCUUUACAAAUAAUAGUAAAAAUAAAAUUAAUAGUAGUAAUUAGAAUAGGUUUACUGUAGAAGACAACUUUGAUGAUCCUUUGCUCAUGUGUUCAACAAAUACCAAAAUGGACAACUCUAUGAUC